AUGUUGAAUACUCUUCAUUUUAAUAUAUUGAUGAUAUGGUUCUAUUUAAUGAACCUUCUAUACUUUAAUCAUUCAACAAUCAAGAUCUUCAAUACUGAUAUUAAUGAAACCUUUUCACAAAUAGAUCAUUAUUAUUACAGUGAAUUUGUACAAUUCAAUCAAUCUAUUCCAAUUAUAUUUGAUGAUAUAAUAAAACCUAAUCAUCUAUCUAAACCAUGGACAUUUAAAACUUUAUUCCCAUUACUAUAUUUUGGUAAUCGUUAUCAUUUGGUUACAAUAUUUCCACAGGGUGUUUUAGGGAUCGGCCCUGAAACUGAGAAACCAGAUUCCGGAAAUAUAAUCCAAGUUUUCGAUGGAGAAGACGGAUACAAUGAAGUACAAAGAAAAGAUUCUAAUGAAUUUAUUGCAAUUAAAUGGGUUCGUUUGAAUGAACGAAAUUCAAAUGAAUACCAAAUCAAUGAUGAUGAUUGUAUGGAAUACAAAUUUUGUGAAGACUGUACUAAGGAGUAUACAUCUGGAAGAAAAUGUCAUUGGUGUCCGAAAUUCAACAAGUGCAGACACUUUCGUGAUAUUGAUAUGGAAACAUUGCUUGGAAAAGAUUGUGCUAUCCAGCAAAUAGGAAUUUGUUCAAGUGCAACUGACAGAAUGGUCAAACACAUUGCAACAGAAGAACCAACCGUUAAACAUAGUGAUGAAACCAUAAACUUUAUAACAUUGACUUCAGAUAUGGUUACAGUGGAAUCAGACACUACUGAAAAUAUGACAACUUCACAAGUCUUAAUUAACACCGAUGAGUUAAACAAAACUAACGAACCUUCUACAAACGAUCAUCAAACUACUAACAUGAUCACAAAAUUUACUGAAGACAUUCCAAUCACAUCUAAACACCUUCUACUAUCUCGUGAGAUAUUGCAAAUGUAUUCAAUCACAUUUAUUAAUGAUGUUAGUAUUCGUCUAUGCAUUCGUCUUCUAAUGCCAUUCAUAAUCUUGAUUUUUAUUUCAAGCACCGUAUUUUUAGUUUGGAUAAUCAGAAUACGACGUCGUAAUAAUAUGAAAAACUGA